CGUUGACAGUGGGAGUGAGAGGAAUGUCUUGCUGACAGGAGAAACGAAAUUGUAUCAGUGUAUACAUUUGAGUUGCAGCGAAAACCUACGUGAGCAUUGUAACUUUAAUCAGAGCAAGCCGUUUGACGACGUUCCUGCCGUGAAUUCUAAUAUAGAAGUCAUAUCGCAGACUGCUGUUUUAGGAAGUAAACAAAAGAAAAGUGUUAAUUCGGGAUGGCGCAGUGGGAGAGGCUACGGCAACUGGACUCCCUGCACCAGCAGCAGUUGGAUGAGCUCUACAGACGAGAUGAGUUACCCAUGGAUGUGCGGUACUAUCUGGCUUCCUGGAUAGAGAGCCAAGACUGGUCUCGGGCCACACAGGACCACUCCGCGGCCAGCAUCCUGUUCCAGGCCCUGCUGGAGAACCUGGACAACCAGCACAGCCGCUUCGUACAGGAGGCAGACUUCCUGAUGCAGAGCAAGAUCCGCCGAUUUAAGCAGAACUUCCAGGUGUACCAGGAGCAGCCAUGGAUCCUGGCAAAUAUUAUCCAGUGGUUCCUGAACAAAGAACGGGAGAUUCUGCAGUCUGCUCAACUGGCAGAACAGGUUCAGAUGCUGCAGGUCCAGCCAAGCCCCGUGGAGACCGACAGCCACAGGAACACCGAGCGCAAGAUGGCCGACCUCAGGAAGCAAGUGCAGGUCAUGGAGCACAGUGUAAGAUCCCUGGAGGAACAGCAAGAUGAGUUUGAUUUCAAGUACAAAACUCAGUCGAUGGAAGGGAACAUCACCGAAGCAGAGAAGAGCGAGCAGAUGAAGAUUCUGCAGUAUCUGCUCAACAGGCUGGACGCUUCCCGGAAGGCCCUUCUCUCAGGGAUGAGUGUGCUGUUGGACGCAGCUGAUGAACUCUUCGCUCUGCUGGGGGAGGAGCUGACUGAGUGGCAGCGGCGACAGCAGACGUCCUGCAUCGGAGCUCCGGUGGAGACCUGCCUCAACCAGCUGGAGAUCUGGUUCACGGCGGUGGCUGACUGCCUGUUCCAGCUGCGCAAGUUCCUGCGGAAGGUGGACGAGCUGCUGGGGAAGGUCACGUACGAGCGCGACCCCUUCAAGACCCAGAAGCCCGAUCUGGAGAAGCGGGCGGAGCUGCUCCUCACCGCCCUGCUGAGGAGCGCCUUCGUGGUGGAGAACCAGCCCUCCAUGCCGCAGGGGAAGGGACCCCUGGUGCUCCGGACCAACGUGCAGUUCUCCGUCAGAAGCAGGCUGCUUGUGAAAGUACCUGAGCUGAACCAUGCCAUGAAAGUGACGGUGUCGAUUGACAGAGACGCGGUGCAGGUGAAAGGGUACCGACGGUUCAACGUGCUGGGGAACAGCUGCAAGGCCCUGAACAUGGCGGAGAGCACGAGCGGCGGCAUGGUGGCCGACUUCCGCCAUCUGACCCUGAGAGAGCAGAAGUCUGGAGGAGGCAAGGGAGUGAAUGAUCUCUCCUUGAGCGUGACCGAGGAGCUGCACGUGAUCCACUUCGAGACCGUAUUCGAGCUGCAUGGACUGUCAGUCGCGCUGGAGGCCUCCUCGCUGCCCGUGGUCAUCAUCUCCAACUCCAGCCAGCAGCAGACCGCCUGGGCCUCCGUGCUGUGGUUCAACAUGCUGUGCUCCGACCCCAAGAAUGUGAAGUUCUUCGCCAGCUCCCCGGCAGCCUCCUGGCCCCAGCUCGCGGAGGUCCUCAGCUGGCAGUUCCUCUCCUCCACCCAGAGGGGGCUGGACGACAGCCAGCUGCACAUGAUCGCUCAGAAACUCUUCGGCAAGAAGCAAAGCUACUGCAACUGCAAAAUGCCCUGGGGCAGGUUUUCUAAGGAAAUGCUUCCCGGCGUGAACUUCACCUUCUGGACCUGGUUUGACGGCAUCCUCGUCAUGGUGAAGAGCUACCUGGAGAACCUGUGGAGGGACGGAUGCAUUAUGGGAUUUGUGAGCAAAAGCCGGGAGAAGAUCUUGCUGACGAAGAAGCAGAACGGGACCUUCCUGCUCCGGUUCAGCGAGAGCAUCAAAGAUGGCGGCAUCACCUUUUCCUGGGUGGAGUAUUUUAUAGACGGAACGCCCAACGUGCGCUCGGUGCAGCCCUUCACCAAAGUGGACCUCGCCCAGAUCCCUUUCUCCGAGAUAAUCCGCAACUUCCAGAUACUGGAAGCGGAAAACGUUCCGGAGAACCCCCUCAAGUUCCUGUACCCCAACACCCCCAAAGACGAGGCCUUCGGGAAGUACUACUCGGAGAAGAGUGGAGCGGACAGCCCUUACAUAAAAUACAUCAAGACCAAGCUCGUGUUCAUCUCCAAAGAGAACACGUUGGAAGCUAAAUCGCCCAUGAAUCCGUUAGCUGAUCCAGAAGCCGCGGUGCCGAUGAACGGUCUGUGCGCGCCGCACGACGAAGAGGCAGCCGCCUCAGAAGACCUGCUGCGGUCCUCUGAAUCCAUGAUGAGCGAGCUGGAGGACCUGUCCCCCAAUAUCAGCCUGCAGGACUUCCUGUUCAACGACCCCAUGAUGAUCUCGGGCGACUUCCCUCCCUCGGACGAGCUGGACUCCGCCUCCGCCUCCAUCGCGGCUCUCCCCGACCUCGCCGAACUCAGCUGCUACGCCCUUCCCUGCAGCCCGUACUGAAGGAGCUCCGCCUCCCACUCCCUCACUGCACACGCCCCAACACAAACCCCCCCCCCCAAAUCCCCAAAGCCCAGACUCUAGGGUCUCUCAGUGCACUGGGAGCUCAGCACGGGCAGCGGUCUACAUGCACUAAACCCCUCCUAACCCCCCCCCCCCCCC